CAUCCAUCUGUCAAAUCUCCCCAGCCACCGUCCUGUCAUCAUGUCCAAGUUAAAGAGUUCUGAAUCCGUCAGGGUGGUGGUGCGGUGCCGGCCAAUGAAUGGGAAAGAGAAGGCAGCUUCAUAUGAUAAAGUUGUUGAUGUGGAUGUCAAGUUAGGGCAGGUAUCAGUGAAGAAUCCCAGGGGAACAUCUCAUGAGCUGCCUAAAACCUUCACCUUUGAUGCUGUCUAUGACUGGAAUUCCAAGCAGUUUGAACUUUAUGAUGAGACCUUUAGACCUCUGGUGGAUUCUGUCCUGCAAGGGUUCAACGGGACUAUCUUUGCCUAUGGGCAGACUGGGACAGGAAAAACAUAUACAAUGGAAGGAGUGCGUGGUGAUCUUGAAAAAAGAGGGGUCAUCCCCAAUUCGUUUGAUCACAUCUUCACCCACAUCUCUCGAUCUCAGAACCAGCAGUAUUUGGUUAGAGCUUCUUAUCUGGAAAUAUACCAAGAAGAAAUCAGAGAUUUGCUAUCAAAGGAUCAGUCCAAGAGGCUGGAGCUGAAAGAGAGACCAGACACUGGGGUGUAUGUGAAGGACUUGUCAUCUUUUGUCACAAAGAGUGUCAAGGAGAUCGAGCACGUCAUGAAUGUGGGGAACCAAAACCGCUCAGUUGGUGCUACCAACAUGAAUGAGCAUAGCUCCCGUUCCCAUGCCAUUUUUGUGAUCACUAUUGAGUGCAGCGAGGUGGGACUUGAUGGAGAGAAUCACAUCCGUGUAGGAAAACUCAACCUUGUGGACCUUGCAGGCAGUGAACGCCAGGCCAAGACUGGAGCGCAGGGGGAAAGGUUGAAGGAAGCUACCAAGAUUAACCUCUCCCUUUCAGCUUUGGGCAAUGUUAUAUCUGCCCUAGUAGAUGGUAAAAGCACUCACAUUCCAUACCGGGACUCAAAACUAACUAGGCUACUUCAGGACUCACUAGGUGGCAAUGCUAAGACUGUGAUGGUGGCCAAUAUAGGCCCUGCCUCUUACAAUGUAGAAGAAACUCUUACUACCCUGCGAUAUGCCAACCGUGCCAAAAACAUCAAGAACAAACCAAGAGUUAAUGAGGAUCCUAAGGAUGCACUGCUACGAGAAUUCCAGGAAGAAAUCGCUCGGCUCAAGGCACAAUUGGAAAAACGGUCUGUUGAAGAAAAGAUGAGGUUGCUAAAGGAGAAGGAGAAGAAGAUGGAGGAUCUGAAGCGAGAGAAGGAAGCAGCAGAAAUGCUGGGUGCCAAAAUCAAGGCAAUGGAAAGCAAGCUCCUUGUUGGAGGGAAAAACAUUGUGGAUCACACAAAUGAACAGCAGAAAAUCUUGGAGCAGAAACGUCAGGAAAUUGCAGAACAGAAACGUCGGGAGCGAGAAAUCCAGCAACAGAUGGAAAGUCGGGAUGAGGAAACAUUGGAGCUGAAAGAGACCUAUAGUUCCCUACAGCAAGAGGUGGACAUCAAAACCAAAAAACUCAAAAAGCUAUUUUCCAAGCUGCAAGCUGUGAAGGCAGAGAUCCACGACCUCCAGGAGGAGCACAUCAAGGAGCGUCAAGAACUGGAACAGACCCAGAAUGAGCUUACCAGGGAGUUAAAGCUAAAGCACCUGAUUAUUGAAAACUUUAUUCCCCUGGAGGAAAAGAACAAGAUCAUGAAUAGAUCUUUCUUUGAUGAAGAGGAAGACCAGUGGAAACUGCAUCCCAUAACCCGGCUGGAUAACCAGCAGAUGAUGAAAAGGCCAGUGUCAGCAGUGGGAUAUAAGAGGCCUUUGAGUCAGCAUGCCAGGAUGUCCAUGAUGAUUCGUCCAGAGGCCCGGUACAGGGCAGAAAACAUUGUGCUACUGGAGCUAGAUAUGCCUAGCCGAACAACCCGAGACUACGAGGGCCCAGCCAUUGCUCCUAAAGUGCAGGCUGCUCUAGAAGCAGCUCUGCAGGAUGAAGAUGAGAUACAGGUGGAUGCCUCCACUUUUGAGAGCAUGUCCAAUAAAAAAUCAAAAUCCAGGCCUAAAACUGGAAGGAAAUCGGGGGGAUCCUCUUCCUCGGGCACCUCUGGGUCUCAGCUCUACCCACAGUCCCGGGGGCUGGUUCCUAAGUAA